CUCUCGGCCGGCGGGAUGGCGGCGCUGGGGGGCCGUCGGGGGUCUCCUCAGCCGCUGCUUCUCCCAUCGCCGCCGCUGCUGCUGCUGUUGCUACUGCUGACCCUGCUCGGGGUCCAAGCCGUGCCCGAGGAAGACGCCGGCAGCCGGAACAAGGAGCCCCCGGCACCUCUUCAGCAGCUGCAGCCGCAGCCGGCCGAGGCUCAGGGGCCCGAGGCGGCCCGCGCCGAGAAAGGACCUAUACCAGCUUCCCCUAUUCACAUCAAUAAUGAGGAUCCCGCUGGCCAAACUAAUUUGGGAUUUAUCCAUGCAUUUGUGGCUGCCAUAUCAGUUAUUAUUGUUUCUGAAUUAGGGGAUAAGACAUUCUUUAUAGCUGCCAUCAUGGCAAUGCGAUAUAACCGUUUGACUGUGCUAGCAGGUGCUAUGUUGGCCCUGGGCCUAAUGACAUGUUUAUCUGUUUUGUUUGGCUAUGCCACCACGGUUAUUCCCAGAGUAUACACAUAUUAUGUGUCAACUGCAUUAUUUGCAAUUUUUGGUAUCAGAAUGCUUAGGGAAGGCUUGAAGAUGAGUCCAGAUGAGGGUCAGGAGGAAUUGGAAGAAGUUCAAGCAGAAAUAAAGAAAAAAGAUGAAGAACUUCAAAGAACCAAACUCUUAAAUGGGCCAGGAGAUAUUGAGACUGGUACAAGCACAACCAUACCUCAGAAAAAGUGGCUCCAUUUUAUUUCUCCUAUUUUUGUUCAAGCUCUUACUUUAACAUUCUUGGCAGAAUGGGGUGAUCGCUCUCAACUAACUACAAUUGUUUUGGCAGCAAGAGAGGACCCUUAUGGUGUGGCAGUAGGUGGAACAGUGGGACAUUGCUUAUGCACUGGACUGGCAGUAAUUGGAGGAAGAAUGAUAGCACAAAAAAUAUCUGUUAGGACUGUUACGAUCAUAGGAGGAAUCGUCUUCUUGGCAUUUGCCUUCUCUGCAUUAUUUAUAAGUCCAGACUAUGGUUUUUAAUAAGAGUCCUCUCCAUUUGUAUUUAGAGUAUAAGAUGGGGUGUUGCCUAUCUUUUUGUACAUAGUGUAUGUUAAUAGCGACUAUGAAAAAUGCUGUAUUUUAUUUUAUAGCAUUGAUUUGUGAGUUUAGCCCACUAUAAGAUGGCAGUUUUACAUGAAAAAGGAUAACCAAUGAUUCUAUCUGCAAUGUAGAAUUUUUUUUAGAUGGGUUCAUUGUUAAAUAUGAAUGGUGGUAUUUUUUUUCCCUCCCAGUCCUGCCUUCCUUCCAUCCUGUACCUAGAACCAGUGUUCUGGCAUUUGGUACUAACUCACUGAUAGUAACUCUUUCUUUUGGAUACCAUCUGGUAAACUGAAUAGCUUCAUUUUUGAGUGUGUUCACAAUUAAGAUUGUCCAAGUAUUAAUAAUAGGAUAUAACUGAAUGUGUAUGACUCAGGAAAAUAUUGAAAAAAUAUUUCCGAAAUACUGGCAUUUCUACCCCAAGCUAGCAGUCUUUUUAGAAAUUAGGCUUUUUGGAUAAAACAUUAUAAACAGCUGAUUUCACUGCUAUUUAACAGUAAGCAAUUCAUAGGACUUUUGUUUUCCUGGCCCACUUUUUAAAAAAUUGGGUUGGAAACUCACAAUAUACAGUAAUGGUCAAUAUUUGACAAUGCUGAAUUACCAAAUUAAAAAGUAAAAUACUGUAUGUAUAUUUUCUCUAUAGCGAAUAUUAAAUGUAAUAUGGAAAUGAUGUAAAUAAAAAUAGUUGUAAGAACA